GCUCCCAGAACCCGGGCGCGCGAGCUGCGGGCGCUGGGAGCUCCUGGCAACGGGCGGCGGGCGGGGUCGCGGCUCGGCCAUGCGGGUGCACCUGGGCGCGCUGGCCGGCGCGGCGGCGCUGACCGGGGCGCUCAGCUUCGUGCUCCUGGCGGCGGCCAUCGGCACUGACUUCUGGUACAUCAUCGACACGGAGCGCCUGGAGCGGGGCGGCCCGGGGGCGUGGGGCCCGGCGGGGACCGUCAACCGCAGCCAGCUCGAGCCUCUGAGCUCGCACUCCGGCCUCUGGCGGACCUGCCGGGUCCAGAGCCCGUGCGCGCCGCUGAUGAAUCCCUUCUGGCAGGAGAACGUGACAGUCAGCGACUCGAGCCGACAACUUCUCACCAUGCACGGGACGUUCGUGAUUCUGCUGCCGCUCAGCCUGAUCCUCAUGGUUUUCGGGGGCAUGACGGGCUUUCUGAGCUUCCUCCUGCGAGUCUCCUGCCUCCUUGUGCUCACGGGGACCCUCUUCCUCUUUGGAGCCCUGGUGACCCUCGCCGGCAUCAGCGUCUACAUCGCCUACUCGGCCGCGGCCUUCCGGGAGGCGCUGUGUCUCCUGCAGGAGAAGACUCUGCUGGCCCAGGUGGACAUCCGCUUCGGCUGGUCCCUGGCCCUGGGCUGGGUCAGCUGCGUCGCUGAGCUGCUCACCGGGGCCACCUUCCUGGUGGCGGCCCGCGUGCUUAGCCUGAGACGGCGGGAGGACCAGGCCAUCUGAACGGGGGGCUGGGGUCGGGGGGCGGCUCCGGCUCGAGGGCGGAGGGUGCGGCUUGGACUGGAGGGUCCGGUGCUCAGGGACACCGUCCUGGCGGGCUGCGGCUUCCUCCUGGUCCGAGGCUACCACCAGAGAGCCGCUGUGGGCUGAGCCCCGCGUCUGGCAUCACGUUAGUGCUGCCUGGCAUGGGGGAUGCUGUGUCCAGGCACCUGUGUGUCUGUGGACUCUGGAGGAGCCCAAACCCGUGAGACCACAAAAGCGCCCCCUGCAUCACUGCAGCCUCCGUGCACUUCCCUGGCUUCACUGCAUCCUCACACCUGCCCUUUGGAUGAGUCUCUUUUCUCUGUUAAGGAAAUGGAGGACCAGUGAGGUUAGCUAAGUGUUGGAAAAACACACAGCGAGCUAGAGGCAUAUUCUCCGACAUCGCAGCUUUUCUGGGCGGUUCAGGCUGACUGGCUUCGACCUGGAUCCUGUGUGUGGAGGUUGCUGCAUCUCACACACUGGGCUUCAGGCUUCCCCGUGACCUGGGACCAGGCAGGAGGCCCCAUGGGAAACCGGGGGGAAGACCGCAAAGACACGGGCUCCUCGACAUCCAGGUGGUGGACGUGUCCUGCCUCACCUACCCCAGCCAGGCUCAUGCUCACCUGGUUCCAUCCUGAGCCUUCAGCAGAACAGGCUUCAUUGGUAUGAUGAUUCUCCUGCCUGCAAUUCGGGAGACCUGGGUUCCAUCCCUGAGUCAGGGAGAUCCUCUGGAGGAGUGCAUGGCAACCCACUCCAGUAUUCUUGCCUGGAGAAUCCCAUGGACAGAGGAGCCAGGCGGGCUACAGUCCAUGGGGUCGCAAAGAGUCAGACACGACUGACUGAAGACUCGGCUCCUUUGGGGUGAAAAUCACUGUAGUUUGGCUUUUUCUCGUGUGGCGGAGAGGUUCAGUCUGGAAUAGGGAGCUGAGAGGUCCCCGAGGAGUUGGUCAAUGGCUAGGUCGAUCUCUGGGGACUAAUCAUAACUCUUCCUCCCUCCUCCAGAAAAUUCCAUCCCUCUUUCAUCUUGAUAUUCUGGCCCGUGGGGAUGGGGGCCCCCAGAGUGGCUGCGUGUCUGAACUCCCCUGGGGAGUGCUGCUCACAUGUCUGGGAGUCCAGACCCACUUGGCCGGGGUCUCUGAGUUGGUGGGUCUGGGUGGGGUUCAUUUCCAAGCAGUUUCCAGGUGAUGCAGACACUCCUGGGCUGGGACCACCCUUUGUUUGACACUGACCUGGAGAGUUUGUUAAGUGUCAGGGCUGGCUGUUGCCUUGCUGCCCAUUAGCAUCACGAGGGCAUCUUAAUCCCCUGAUCCUGGGGCUGAGCCUCUGCGCUGAUGGUCUCCAGGGGGGCGGCCCAGGCGUUGAUGAUUGUUAAGACCUGUUCUGAUGACUCAACAUCAGUUAAGGUUGAGAACCUGCUCCGGUAAGAUUGUGAGUCAUGAGAUGUGCGGAGGGCCUGGGGAGAUGCAGGUUUAAGAAACUCCGCAGGAGGGACUUCCCUUGCGGUCCAGUAAGACUCUGUGCUUCCAAUGCAGGGGGUGCGGGUUCGAUCCCUGGUCUUGGAACUAAGAUCCCACCUGCUGCAUGGCAUGGCUAAAAACAAAAUAAAAUGACUGUUAGAGAAACUCCUCAGGAAGGGCAGAUGGUUCAGGUUUGGGGACCACUGGUGUGGACCAUAAGAUGAGAACAUUAAGAUCAACUGUAUAACAUCGUCAUCCUCACCAUGACGUCAUUCCUUUUGCCAUGACGUCACUGCCUUCACUGUGCCGUCCUCCCCCUCACCGUAGCGUGCCUAUCAUCAUGAAGUCAUCAUCCUUAGUAGGGCCUGGUCAUCAUCACGGCUGACACCCAUUGAGUCAUCGUUUACUAUGCACCUGCAUUGUCCAGUGAACCCAUCAAUCAGUCAUUCAACAAACCUCCGAGGGCCGGCCGUUUAUGCUAGGAGCUAGGGGCAGUGACCCCACCAGAGUGAGCCCUUGCUCUCUGAGUUGCCACACGGUUGAGAACAGAGGUAGGUGAAGUAUAUGGCUGUUGGUGAUGACUAUGGAGAUGUGCAAAGUGCGUACAGGUCAGAACUGAGGUACAGAUGGACUAAGCUAAGGAGAGAGUGAAGGUCACACGUUGUGUCCGACUCGUUGUGACCCCAUGGACUAUACAGUUCAUCGAAUUCUCCAGGCCAGGAUACCGGAGUGGGUAGCCUUUCCCUCCUCCAGGG